AUUUAAAUAAAUUACGAGUUCACUCUAACAAAUGUAUGCUACACACGUUAUACGACGAGACUUUUUUCGCCGGUUGAGGAUACAGGGGAACUGCGAUCUGCAGCAAUAUGCAGUCUGCAAUCAACGUAUUACUCUCUGGCCAACUUCUCCUGCCUGGCCGCCUAGGAUGGCGUACAGUGAUGACAUGGCUAAAGGAAAAUGCAACAAGGGUAGGGGCCCAAAGAUCACCAUGAAAAUCAUACCUGCCUCGUGCCCACUCAACAUGAGCUAUGAAGAGCGCAACCUCCGACUGAAGCGCGUUCUGUCACCGCACCUAUCCAUCUAUAAGGUACAGCUAACUUCAGCAAUGUCCAUUCUGUUGCGUAUUAGUGGAGCGGUGCUGACGGUGGGCAUCUGGACAUUCGGAUUGACGGGAUUGUUGGGAGAACGGGACAUUGAUGACUGGGCCAAGAUGAUCGAGGGCUUGGAAAUCGGGCAAACUUUAUUCAAUGUUUUAAAAUUUCUCAUAGUUUUGCCAUUUGUUUAUCAUUUCGUUGCUGGGUCGCGCCACUUAAUAUGGCACCUAAAUGUGUUGCUCUCCAAGCCCGAAAUUUACGCUUCUGGCUAUGUGGCUAUUGCGGUGAUAUUGGCAGUGGCUGCAGCUUUGGCAAUGUUGACAGUAGAACGGGAGGUGGAGGAGGUGGAGGAAGAGGUGGAGGAAGAGCAGCCAAACUGGUUCAUUAGGGUGAUAAGGAAAAUAAAAAAUGCAAUAGUUGGUGAUAAGCCCAAGGAAAAAAAGACUGAAAUUGAUGUGUCUGAUGAAAAGAAACAGAAGAAAUAUGCCGAGAGUUCCAAAAAGAAACAGGAAAAGAUUUUGGUGGACUUACCUGAUGAUGAUAAAAAGCCAAAAUAAAUGGUCAUUGAAAUUGUGAAACUUGCAAAAGGCCAAAAUAUAAGAAUCGAAAAAAUAUUUCA